AUGGAUGCUAGCCCCCCUCUUUCCGCGCAAGCUGUACUCAUCCUGGCACUGAUAGACUCGUUGUCUUUCCUCCGAGUAGAGGACCUGGAGGAUUGGCUCCCCCUCACGGCAGAACUGAUCAAUACUAUUGCAGACAGGACUAUGCGCCAUGUCUGUGUUGAACGCUUCUGGGAAGCAUUAAGUGUCGGUGAGAUGGAUGUUGACCGAGCCCACUACUGUGUCAACUGGUGGAGCACUCAAGGUGGCCGUGAACUGGUUCUAUUUGGUGCCGAGCCUCUCCCUGGUGCUGAAACCAAAGCCGAGGAGACUGGACCGUUUAUGAGUGGUGCUGUUGGUGGGGUGGCACCUGAGAGUAAGCUAUGA